CUAGCCGCAGGCGGGCUGCGGUGAAUUAAUUGGACGGCGGAAGUUCGACGGUGCAGGGUGGCUGUGGCGCCUAAGGCAGAGCUCAGAAGCCGCAGGCCAGGGAGCCUGGGCGUGGUCCCCCGCGGGAGGAAGGAGGAAGGAGUUCCCCCGGCGCACAGGCAUGGACCUGGAAGCCAAGGUGAAAAAGGUACUGGUGGUGAAGAGCAACCAGACACUCCACUUCCUUCAUCGGGAAGAAAUGUGGACAGUUACAGCCUCAGCCUCUCCUGGGACUGUUACGAGGAUAAAAUGAGAUGAUCCAUAUGGGCUUAGGUCAUGAGCAAGGGUUUGGAGCCCCCUGUUUAAAAUGCAAAGACAAAUGUGAAGGAUUUGAACUGCACUUCUGGAGAAAAAUAUGCCGUAACUGCAAGUGUGGCCAAGAAGAGCAUGAUGUCCUCUUGAGCAAUGAAGAGGACCGCAAAGUGGGGAAACUUUUUGAAGACACCAAGUAUACCACCCUGAUUGCAAAGCUAAAGUCAGAUGGAAUUCCCAUGUACAAACGCAAUGUUAUGAUACUGACUAAUCCGGUUGCUGCCAAGAAGAAUGUUUCUAUCAACACCAUUACCUAUGAGUGGGCUCCUCCUGUCCAGAACCAGACACUGGCCAGGCAGUACAUGCAGAUGUUGCCCAAGGAGAAACAGCCAGUGGCAGGUUCGGAGGGGGCACAGUACCGGAAGAAGCAGCUGGCUAAGCAGCUACCUGCACACGACCAGGACCCUUCCAAGUGCCAUGAGUUGUCUCCCAAAGAGGUGAAGGAGAUGGAGCAGUUUGUAAAGAAGUAUAAGAAUGAGGCUCUGGGAGUCGGAGAUGUAAAACUUCCCUGUGAGAUGGACACUCAAGGCACCAACAAGAUGUACAUCCCUGGUGGAGACAGAAACACCCCAGUGCCAGAGGAGGGCAUGGAGGACAAAUCUGCUGAAUCCAAACAACCCCAAUAUUCCUGCUAUUGCUGCAAAUUGAGUAUGAAAGAAGGGGACCCAGCCAUCUAUGCAGAAAGGGCUGGCUACAAGAAACUGUGGCAUCCAGCCUGCUUCGUCUGCAGCUCCUGUGGUGAACUCCUGGUUGACAUGAUUUAUUUCUGGAAGAAUGGGAAGCUAUACUGUGGCAGGCAUUACUGUGACAGUGAGAAACCCCGAUGUGCUGGUUGUGAUGAGCUGAUAUUUAGCAAUGAGUACACCCAGGCAGAAAACCAGAAUUGGCACCUGAAACAUUUUUGCUGCUUUGACUGUGACAACAUCCUAGCCGGGGAAAUUUAUGUGAUGGUCAAUGAGAAGCCUGUGUGCAAGCCCUGCUAUGUGAAGAAUCAUGCUGUGGUGUGUCAAGGAUGCCACAAUGCCAUUGACCCAGAAGUGCAGCGGGUGACGUACAACAACUUCAGCUGGCAUGCAUCCACCGAGUGCUUUUUGUGUUCCUGCUGCAGCAAGUGUCUCAUCGGGCAGAAGUUCAUGCCUGUAGAAGGGAUGGUUUUCUGUUCAGUGGAGUGUAAGAAGAUGAUGUCUUAGGAGAGAGCACCAAGCAGUUUUGAGCCACGCCUGUCCAAAGUGGUCUGCAUUUCUACUGUAAAAUGCAAUUUGAAGAAAAUAAAAAGCAAGAAUAUUAUAAAGGCAACCAGAAGAUUUUGCUUUCAUUAGAUUCUUCAAUCUUAAUUUCAAAAACUUUCAUUAAAUAUUUGAUUUUAAAAAUGGUAAUGACCUCUAGCUUUCCUUGGCUUUCCACAUGUGAAGUCUUUGAAUUGGAAGCUUGAGUUUAAUAAACCUUCAUAUCCCUAACCCCUGGUGCCAAACACAGUAUAUAUAAAACAAAAGUUAGAGUCUUCGAUAGAAAGAUGAGCGGUUUCCAAUUUUAUGUUCUUCUUUCAUGUAUGGAAUUAAAUUUGCUCUAAUGCCACGCUUUACAUUUAUUGCCUCAUCUUGUUCACUGAGCUUUGUAAUGAUACACAGUGAAUUCUUUUAAACAGAGAAUAUAGAAUUAUAAUGUAGUAUUAAAGCUGUUUUAAUGCUUGUGCAUUAGCUAGUUCCUCAUUUAGGCAACAGUGGCAUUUCCUUUAUUGCGUUUCUCUAUUUUACUUACCCUACCUCUUAUUAGUCUCACUGUAAGCUGGUAAUCUCCAUCUGUGGCCUUGAGUAUUUUAAUCUCACGUGUGGCAUAAUGAUGUCCAUACUUUUUACUUUUACAGACUUUGUCUAGACAUAACCAAACUCAUAUUAUUUUUAAUCCAAAGAAUAUGUCUGGUUUUUAUACCCAGGAAACUACAACAUGUACUUAUCACACUUGCCGCCAUGGUUUGAAUGAAAUUUUUUGCAUGAUUCUUAUCUAAUAAAUUGUCUUAUGAUACUUCUAAGCCAAUUCACAGAUAUAUAAAAUACCUUUGACAAUAUACCUCCAUCCUUGGGAGUUUCUAAUGCUUAUUUUUUCCCUAUAUACUU